GUCCAACUUGAUCAGCCCAAAACUCUUCUUCCGCUCAUCGACAGUUUGACACCAUCAUCCUCAUCUUCAGUCUUCUUUCAUCGUCACCAUGGCUCACUGUAGGGAGUAGCAGCUGGCAAUCGCCGCCCACAGCGUAGUCCUCCGCUGCACGGUCCUCCAGAAUAUUAGACGAUUGAAACCCUAAAACAAUGAGAAUAGCUUUUACUUUCUGCUCGCGCAAUCUCCACCACCUAUGUCACACUAUCAAACACCGUAAUCACAUUAGCUCAAGCACCAAUGGUGUUAUCAACUCUCAGCUUCAAAAUUCUUUUGCUUCCAAGCUAAGGUUUUUCUCAUCGGCUGAAAAUGAAAGCCCUGGGAAGCUUGAACUUGCUUCCCAGCCUGAAGAAACCAGCUUAGCUCUACCAAAGAAAACUCAGCUACCACUUGAGGUUGAAGAUGUCAGCAAUACAGAGCUGAAAGGGUUGCUGCAAGACUACUUCAGCAAUGACAAAAAUGAUGUACUCCCCAAUAUCAUUGAAGCCAUUAUGAAGAGGAAAUUACACGGAAAGCAUGAUGACACUGAUGAUGAGUUAUUGGAAGAUUUCCGAAUGAACCGACUGGAACCUGUUGAUAAUGUUAAUGAUGAAGAAUUUGAAGAAGAUUUUGAAGAAGCCCAUUCAACAGAUGAAGAUAUUGAUAACUUGUAUGAUGCAACAAAUAUUGUGACGAACAGAAUGGGACAAGAUGAGUAUUUCAACAUGGAUGAAAGAAAAUGGGAUGAUAUGAUUAGAGAGGCUGUUGCACAUGGACAUCUCAAGGAUACCAAGGAGUGUGAAGAAAUCUUAGAGGACAUGCUUCACUGGAAUAAGCUUCUACCUGAUGAGAUUAAGAUGAAGGUUGCUGAAAGGCUUGAUGAGAUAUCUGACAUGGUUGAAAAAGGUGAGCUUGAAGCUGAAGAAGGUUAUAAAUUGUACAAGGAGUUUGAGGAUCAAAUGGUUCUAGAAUGUACUAAACAUGCGGAGAAGGAGACUCUGCAAUUUGAUGGGUCUUCCAUUGCUGAUACGAGAAAGGAUGUGGAUGACCCACCUGGGGAGGGGCCAAUUCUUAGGUGGCAAACUAGGGCAGUUUUUGCUCCAGGUGGUGAUGCAUGGCACCCAAAGAACAGAAAGGUGAAAUUGGCUGUCACAGUCAAGGAGCUUGGUCUUUCCAAGCAUCAGUUUCGCCGCUUGAGAGAAUUGGUUGGAAAACGUUACCAUCCUGGUAGAGAUCAACUUACUAUCACGAGUGAAAGGUUUGAGGAUCGUGAGGAGAACAGAAAAGAUUGCCUUAGGACUCUAUUAUCCUUAAUUGAGGAGGCUGGCAAAGCAAAUAAAUUAGUAGCGGAUGCUCGUGCUGCAUAUGUGAAACAGAGACUGAAAAUGAAUCCACAAUUCAUGGCGAGAUUGCAUGCAAAGACUUCUAUGAUGAAAUCUACCUUUUAAUAUGCACGACACAUCAAAAGGGGGCUUUGUUCUCCUCCAACCAACACCUGAUUAGAUGCUGUGACAAUUCCUUUUUUUUCCUAGAGUUGUGACUAAUCUUAAAGGAGGUGAGCGGCGGCUGCAGUACCUGCAUUGCAUAUUACCUUCUGUCUUUGGGCAAAAGAUCCACUCCUCUGACAAGAAGCUUCAACACUCCGAUAGUCCAAUAGUUCAGCAUAUUACCUUCUGUCCUUGGAGACAAGUAUACAUUUUUUUUCAACAUUUAACUAUUUGUUUAUAUUUUGUUAUUGAUUUUCCAUCAUGCUUACUGACAUAGGCAUUAAUAUAAUGAUUAUUAAAGUAGUUAGAUGGUAUUUUGUGCUUAGUUUAUUUUAAUUUAAAUUGAUUUAACAUUGACAAACAACUAUUUCUUUUGGCUAAACAUUUUGCAUUCCAUUGGUCGAAUUUAUAUAACUAAGAUAAUGAUUAUAAGACCGUGUUAA